AUGGAAGCGAAUCCGGAGGCUCUGGCACCCACUGUGAAGGCGGGAGUGGAGCGAGUCAUCUCAUCCCACUCCUCUGCUCUCUCAUCCCCAGGUGCAAUUCCCUACAGGCCAUUUGAUGUGCUCCUCACCACCACGCUGGUUGAUGUGGCAAGUGGAUGUAGCUGUGAGAGAGUUGAUUCUAUCAACGAAGUAAUCACCUGCGAUAGGGGAGACCCUGGUCCUACAAGUCAUUGUGGUGAGGCGCACCAUUUGAUGGCACAAUUGAAGGAAGAUGAGGACAAAUCGAGUAUAAAGAUCUUCCAACAAAUGUGGAAGUUCAUGGAAGCGAAUCCGGAGGCUCUGGCACCCACUGUGAAGGCGGGAGUGGAGCGAGUCAUCAACUCCAACAAAGACUACGCCUUCAUCCUCGAGUCCACAAUGAAUGAGUACUUCAAUCAGCGCAGACCCUGCACUACCAUCAAGGUGCGUGACAGCUGA